AUGACGACUCAAUUAGCACAGAGUUUCCUCCCAAGCACGGAUGACAAUUUAGGUGAUGGUGAAAUGUCCAACCCGGCUAGUUAUGGCCCUUCCCACGCGGCAAUGCUCGAUAGCAUCUAUUCAAUAGGAAAAGGCGAGAAUGCCAUCCAACGUUGUUCUCAGCUUGUUGAAGAAAAUGCCUGCUUUGAAUUAAUCGAAAUUCAGCGACAAGUCGUCGCGCCAAGUUCUGAGUUGUUACUCUGGUUUGACGAGUCGGAUUUGGGAGUUGAACGCAUAGAGGCGCAUCCCUCAAGUGCACUAGCCAAAAGCGGUUUAGCUCCCGAUACCUCGCCAGCUCGGCUUUGGUGGUUUUCUUUCCCCCAGGCGGACGAGGGGCGAGCAGCGACGAGAACCCGCACGUCAACGGACGAGAAACUGUUCUUUGAGAUCGCCGAAUAA